AUGACAAUCGGAUCCUCGAACGAGUCUCAGAAGCCCAGCGACAGAAUUCCCAAGUCAGAAAAUGACUUGGCGGUCCUUACUGUUCGCAGUCUUGUGGCCGAUCUGUGUAAUCAGCAUGGAAGCGGACAUGGUGGCUCAGCGAUUGGCAUGGCCGCCAUCGGCGUUGCCCUGUGGAAGUAUGCUAUGCGCUACAAUCCAAAUGACCCAGGGUGGUUUGAUCGGGACAGAUUCGUCCUGUCGAACGGACAUGCCAGUACCUUCCUUUAUGUCAUGAACCACCUUGUGGGAUACGAUGCUUGGACAAUGGAUGAGCUCAAGGGAUAUGGUAGCGCAAAAAUCAACGGUUAUCAUACCAUUUGCCAUGCUCAUCCAGAGAUCCAAUUCCCAGCGAUUGAGGUGACCACUGGUCCCCUGGGGCAAGGAAUUGCCAAUGCAGUUGGUUUAGCUAUUGCUUCUAAAAGUCUAGCUGCCAAUUUCAACAAGAAAGAUAUAAGCAUAAUACAAUCGCGUAUCUGGUGCAUUACCGGCGAUGGUUGUCUGAUGGAAGGUGUCGCAACGGAAGCUAUUUCCUUAGCUGGGAGUCUACAGCUUGACAACCUAUCUCUCAUCUAUGAUAAUAACGCCGUCACUUGUGAUGGACCUCUGGAUUGGAUUAAUACAGAAGACACCAACGCCAAGAUGCGGGCGCAGGGUUGGCAGGUCAUUGAUGUGAUGGAUGGUAACUACAGCGUCGAAGAUAUCGUGGCUGCUCUACAAUUGUCUACGACGUACAAAAGGAAGCCUACGUUUAUCAACGUGCGCACAACUAUCGGCGUCGACACUGCAGUUGCAGGAACCUUCAAAGCGCACCACGGGGCUAUUGACCAGGAAAGUGUAUCACGGUGGAAGAGGCAGACUGGCGUAGACCCUGCCUCUUCUCAUGUGGUUUCACCCCAAAGCCUCUCGUUCUUCCGCGAACGAAAGGAACAUGGAGCGCGCCUGCAUAGUGAGUGGAAUGCUCGCCUGGAGCACUACUGUCAGCAAUACCCUGAAGAUGGUAGGAUACUUCAGUCACGACUCAGCAGCUCUACUGACCCAGGUAUAAAACUACUUUCAGAGUUGGACAGCGCGCAAUUUCGUGGUAAAGCGACCCGUGAGUCAAACGGGGCCAUUCUCCAACUACUUUGGCAGGCAGUGCCUUCACUCUGUGGUGGCGGAGCCGAUCUGGCGAAUUCCAACCAAAUUAAGUAUACAGAGACUGAUGUGUUCCAUCCUGAGGUUGAUUACAAGGGACGUUACCUGCGCCACGGAAUUCGAGAACACGCAAUGGCAGCCAUAGCCAAUGGUCUAGCUGCAUACCACCCUGGAACUUUUGUUCCAGUCACUGCAACGUUUAUGCUCUUCUUUCUCUACGCAGCUCCCGCCAUGCGCAUGGGCGCCUUGAGUGAUUUACCGACUAUUCAUAUUGCAACCCAUGAUUCUUUCCAAGAAGGUCAGAACGGUCCGACUCAUCAGCCAGUCGAGGUUGACUCACUUUUCCGCGCUAUGCCUGGGCUACGCUAUCUUCGACCGUGCGAUGCCGAAGAACUGAUCGGGUGCUGGAUGUACGCUCUCCGGUGCAAAUCGAAUCCAUGCAUGCUCUCCCUUGCACGGGAUCCCGUCCAAGCCGUUCCUGGAACAGACAGAAGCAAAGUGAGCAAGGGAGCCUAUGUAGUGCGAGAGAUGGAUGACCAUCAAGUUACCCUGGCUAGCUGCGGUUCCAACCUGCACUACGCUCUGGGAGCAGCAAAUAAACUGACAGCUCUGGGCAUUCCGACUAGGGUGGUGAGCGCGCCAAGCUUGGAUUUGUUCGAGUUGCAGGAGACCAGGUAUAAAAAGCAGGUCUUUCCCUUAGAUGGAAAGCCUAUUGUCAGCGUGGAAGAAUACGUCGCUACUGUCUGGGCAAGAUAUGUAACUGCGAGCAUUGGAAUGACGACCUUCGGGUAUUCUGCAUCUAAUGAGAGCAACUACGAUCGUUUCGGCCUCGAUUCCAAAGGCAUCACUGGCAAAAUACAAGCAUAUCUUAAGGCACUUGAUGGAUCGGAUGCCCAAAAAGAUGGAUGGAGACAACUUUGA